AGACCAUUCACCAAAAACCCUCGCGCUUUGUAUACAAACCAAAGCCCACCGUUGCUUUCCUUCGUCUCCCUCAAACCUCCAUAGCUGCAACUCCUUUGCAGCCAUCUCUCUCUCUCUCUCUCUCUCUCUCUCUCUCUCUAUACAUCUAUACAUACAUAUAUCUAUAUAGCUAUGGAGGCUCUGUGUUUUGCUCCGCCGCAACAGCCUCGUCUCGGCCCCAAAUUCACAAACCCAAUCAAAUCCCCCAACAAUGACGCCUUCAGGACCAACACCAACGCCGCCAAAAUGAAACCCUUAAUCGUCUCCACGAUUUCCAAAUCAACCUCCGAACCGGCCGUUGCUUCCCGCGAAAAACCGUUACAGAAUUCCCCAUCAAAGCCUCCUCCUCUGUCUCUGUUACGAGUUUCCACCAAUUCGCUACAGUACCCUGCUGGCUUCCUCGGCGCCGUACCGGAUCGAUUCGUCUCCGAGUGUCCUGAUGGAAUUCCCGAUGAAAUGGGCUACUUGACCAACAUACUCGCCUCCAUGGUUUACGAUGUUGCGGUUGAAUCGCCGUUGCAAUUCGCUUCCAAGCUCUCGGAGAGGUUGGGGGUGAAUAUGUGGCUCAAGAGAGAGGAUUUGCAGCCUGUUUUCUCAUUCAAGCUUCGAGGAGCUUAUAACAUGAUGGCUAAACUUCCAAAGGAACAGUUAGAAAGAGGGGUUAUCUGCUCAUCUGCUGGAAAUCAUGCCCAAGGGGUUGCAUUAGCAGCGCAAAGGUUGGGUUGUAGUGCGGUGAUUGCUAUGCCUGUUACCACACCUGAAAUCAAGUGGAAGUCAGUUGAGAGAUUAGGUGCUACGGUUGUUCUUGUGGGGGAUUCUUAUGAUGAAGCACAAACAUAUGCCAAGAAACGUGGUGAAGAGGAGGGGCGUACAUUCAUACCUCCUUUUGAUCAUCCAGAUGUCAUCAUGGGUCAAGGAACAGUUGGGAUGGAGAUUGUACGUCAAAUGCGAGGUCCUGUACAUGCAAUCUUUGUGCCAGUAGGCGGUGGUGGUCUAAUAGCUGGUAUUGCUGCCUAUGUCAAGAGGGUUUCUCCAGAGGUAAAGAUAAUUGGAGUGGAGCCUGCAGAUGCAAAUGCAAUGGCGUUGUCUUUACAUCAUGGCCAGAGAGUUAUGUUGGACCAAGUGGGUGGUUUUGCUGAUGGCGUAGCUGUUAAAGUGGUUGGCGAAGAGACUUUCCGUUUAUGCAGGGAAUUGAUAGAUGGGGUAGUUCUUGUCAGUCGUGAUGCUAUCUGUGCAUCUAUAAAGGACAUGUUUGAGGAGAAAAGGAGCAUUCUCGAACCAGCAGGUGCUCUUGCCCUUGCUGGAGCUGAAGCAUAUUGCAAGUAUUAUGGCCUUGAGGGAGAAAACAUUGUGGCAAUAACCAGUGGGGCAAAUAUGAAUUUUGAUCGACUUAGAUUGGUGACUGAACUUGCAGACGUUGGUAGGCAGCGGGAGGCUGUUCUUGCUACUUUGUUGCCAGAAGAGCCUGGCAGCUUUAAACAAUUUUGUGAGCUAGUGGGACCAAUGAAUAUCACAGAGUUCAAAUAUAGAUAUAAUUCUGAUAAAGAAGAAGCUCUGGUAUUGUACAGUGUUGGCCUUCACACAGUUUCAGAACUAAGAGCAAUGGUAGAUCGGUUGGAAUCUUCUAGACUUCGAACCAUUAAUCUUACAAACAAUGAUUUGGUUAAAGAUCAUCUACGGCAUUUGAUGGGGGGGCGGUCUAAUGUUCGGAACGAGCUUCUUUGUCGGUUUGUUUUUCCUGAGAGGCCUGGUGCUUUGAUGAAAUUUUUGGAUGCUUUGAGUCCACGUUGGAAUAUUAGUUUGUUCCACUACCGCGGACAGGGUGAAACAGGUGCUAAUGUAUUGGUUGGAAUUCAAGUUGCGCAGUCCGAAAUGGAGGAGUUCCGAGAUCGUGCCACUGGUCUUGGUUACGAUUACAUGGUGGAGAACACUAAUGAGGCAUUUCAACUCUUAAUCCACUGAUUAGGCUUGGUGAUAUUAUGUUGAAAUCAGAUUGGACAAUCAAUGUCCCGUGAAGACUAAUCAUGAAGUACGCCUGUUUUCCGCAUCCCUUGGAGAAAAAUAAGAGUAGUUUUUGUAUUUCACUAUUUAUUCUCUCUAUUUCUGUAUGAUUAGGUUUUUUUUUACUUUUUUUUUUUCAUUAGUUGUUAAUAAAGGAAAUUGUAUAAGUGUUUCAUCCUAAUGUUUUCCUACUUGUUGAUUGUCUCUCUACGUACAUUGUUUUAUUUGGCGUUGUGUUUGCAAUUCAUUGUAAAAA